AUGGAGGCCGAGGAGCUCGACCUCCAACUUCAAAGUCUCAGUGCAGAGCCUGCGUUGCAACUCCAAGGCGGAGAGGCUUCUUUUUCCUACCCACUCAGUAGCUGGGCCUACCACCAGAAACUCAUUCAGCUCCGCCUGAUACUGCAAAUGGGAUUUGAACUAUCUAUUUAUGCUCCGGAAGAGCUACCCGGCAUCUAUUGGUACCUGUCACACAUUUGCUCAACUCAUCUAAGUCACCUCGACCGCAUUCGCACAUUCACCGUGGCAGCUCGAAAGCGCGAUCUCGUGAACAGUGGCCACGAAGAAACUUCUGCGCAGAGGUCUCCUGCUUAUCACAGAUCAUUUCUUUAUCUCGAGAGGUUGACGACCCAUAUUAUUGCGAUUGACGCAUUUGCGAUCGCACUUCACGCCCUCUAUGUACUGCUGGCCCGGCAUCAGAUUCUGCCGUCUGCCUCUGGGCCCGACGCUUACUCCAGUGACAAGCUCCGCUAUGAGCUUCGGAUGAAGCCUUUUAUCCCAAUUUCUCUACCCGAACUGGUCCCCUACGAGGAGUACCACCGCGAGGCUACUUUGGAAGGCGACACGGACGCCACCAUUCUGGACCGUGCUUCCAAGGCUAUCACCGAAGCUCGAAAGGCAUGGGAGGCAACGCUUGUCAAUGGCGCUUUCAUUGAGGACGUCUCAUCGCCCACAAAAGAACCGUCGAUCGCCAUUGAGGAAGACUGGCGACGCGAUAUCAAGGAUACGAUGCGGGCUUGUAUUGCGGCUAGCAUUGCAAUUGAGACAGUCAAGAAGGCACUCCUCGGCAACAACCCUUCUUCCGAGGGGAACCCCUCAAACCUUCGAGUGGUGAUCCCCGAGAUUGGCUCCAAGACGCAGUGGCAUGACUGGUGGAUCGUUCCGCAGAUCUCGGAGAAGAAUGCGGCCAAGCCAACCACCUCAGGAGUCGUGUCUCAGCCGUGA